AUGGUGUAUAUAUAUAAUCCUCUCGCGCAGAUCAUUUUUUACGAGGACGAGAACUUCCUGGGUCGGAGCUACGAGUGCGGCAACGACUGCACGGACCUGCACUCGUACUUCAGCCGCUGCAACUCCAUCAGGGUGGAGAGCGGCUGCUUCAUGAUCUACGAGCGACCCAACUUCAUGGGCCACCAGUACUUCAUGAAGAGGGGCGAGUACCCCGAGUACCAGAGGUGGAUGGGCUUCAGCAGCUACAUCCGCUCGAGCAGGAUGAUACCGCCGUAUCGAGGCUCCUACAAAUUGCGCAUCUACGAGGAGCCCGACUUCGGCGGUCACGUGAUGGAGUUCAUGGACGACUGUCCCUGCGUGUCCGACCGGUUCCACCACCGCCACGUCUACUCCAGCAACGUCGCCAGCGGCUUCUGGAUCUUCUACGAGUACCCCAACUACCGCGGCCGACAGUACCUCCUGAAACCCGGGGAGUACCGGAGGUACCGGGACUGGGGCGCCACCUGCGCCAUCGUCGGCUCCUUCAGGAGGGUCGCCGAAUUUUAG